GGGUCACGUUUCUCAAUGAGGAGAAGGCAAGCAAGUCGCCAAAGCGAUAGAAGCGCUCUCCUUUUCUAACAAGAGGCAAGAGGAGAGGUUGCUUCUCACUUUAGUUAGAGAGACCAUCAUAGAGAGAAGGGAAGGGAAGUUGCACGGCAUCUUCCUAUUAGCUUUGCUCUUCAGCUUCCCGAAACCCUAAAAGAUCUCAUUCUGCUCUCUCUCUCUCUCCCUCUGUUCUUCCUAUUUCCUUUGUUAUUUUCGUGGACUUGGAAGCUCAUAUUUUAUUUGGAAUUUACGAUUGGUUUCUUGGAUUUGAUUCUUAUAUAAGAUUCGUUUCUGCGUUUUUUGAUAGGUAGAUCAUGAGAUUUAUAUGUUGAUUAAUUCGUCGAUUUCUGGUGAAUUCACCUGGAAAAUUCAUUAACUCCUUUCUUGUGCAUCUUUACUCUUCUCGAGUGCGCUAUUUUACUAAAUCUCGAUGGGGAAAGGGGGGCAAGAUUAUGGAAGACGAGAUACCGGUGGAUCCAAGCCCUCAGACCGAGAAAUCUGUCCGGCGUGGGCUAAAGACGUCGAGGACUGUCUGAAAGUGUUCAACGUCGACAAGGACCGGGGAUUGUCAACUGAAGAAGUCGAGAAGCGGCGUCGGAUCUAUGGCUGGAACGAAUUGGAAAAGCAUGAGGGCCCGUCAAUCUUGAGUUUGAUUCUCGAACAGUUCAACGAUACUCUAGUGCGGAUUCUACUCGUUGCCGCAGUUGUAUCGUUUGUCCUCGCUUGGUAUGAUGGCGAUGAGGGGGGCGAGAUGGGAAUUACGGCGUUCGUGGAGCCUCUCGUGAUUUUCUUGAUCUUGAUUGUGAACGCCAUAGUUGGAGUCUGGCAAGAGAAUAACGCCGAGAAAGCCCUAGAAGCUCUAAAGGACAUUCAAUCCGAGCACGCCAACGUGAUUCGUCAUGGGAAAAAGAUUUCCAGUUUGCCCGCGAGGGAGCUCGUUCCGGGCGAUAUCGUUGAACUUCGGGUAGGCGACAAGGUUCCAGCCGAUAUGCGGGUUUUGCAUCUGAUAAGCUCCACUGCGAGGAUCGAGCAGGGCUCACUGACGGGUGAGAGUGAAGCGGUUAACAAGAACAAUAAAGCCGUUCCAGAGGACACUGACAUUCAAGGGAAGAGAUGCAUGGUUUUUGCGGGGACUACUGUUGUCAACGGAAGCUUCCUCUGCUUGGUUACGCAAACGGGUAUGAACACGGAGAUCGGGAAGGUGCAUUCUCAGAUACACGCUGCUGCGCAGAUGGAUGAAGAUACCCCCCUGAAAAAGAAGCUUAACGAAUUUGGAGAAACUCUCACUGCCAUAAUCGGAGUGAUCUGUUUGCUGGUGUGGCUAAUCAAUUUUAAGUACUUUCUAACCUGGGAUUAUGUGGAUGGGCGGCCAGCUAAUUUUAAGUUUUCUUUCGAGAAGUGUACUUACUACUUCGAGAUUGCUGUGGCAUUGGCAGUGGCGGCCAUUCCGGAAGGUUUACCGGCGGUUAUUACAACUUGCUUGGCGCUCGGCACCCGAAAGAUGGCUCAGAAGAAUGCUCUUGUACGAAAGUUGCCUAGCGUCGAGACUCUGGGUUGUACAACAGUGAUUUGUUCUGAUAAGACAGGUACCUUGACUACCAAUCAAAUGGCAGUAGCAAAGCUGGUGACCAUGGGUCCUCGUAAAGAUUCACUCAGAACUUUCAAGGUAGACGGGACCACGUACAAUCCUUCCGAUGGCAGAAUACAUGACUGGCCAACUGGUCCUAUGGAUGCCAAUCUUGAAACGAUUGCAAAGAUUGCUGCUAUCUGCAAUGAUGCAGGUGUUGCACAAUCGGGGAAUCACUACGUCGCUAACGGAAUGCCUACUGAGGCAGCAUUGAAGGUCCUAGUUGAGAAGAUGGGACCUCCUCAAGGAUUUCAGGACUUAUCUUUGAGCACUGAAGAUGUGUUAUGUUGUUGCCAGCUAUGGAAUUCUGUAGAAUGUCGGAUUGCAACUCUUGAAUUUGAUCGUGAUCGGAAGUCAAUGGGUGUUAUUGCAACGUCAAAAUCAAAUAGAAAUACUUUAUUGGUGAAGGGUGCAGUAGAGAAUGUAUUGGAGAGGAGCUCCUAUAUGCAGUUGUGUGAUGGCACUGUUGUGCGAUUGGAUCAAAGCUCUAGGGAUCUUAUUUUACAAUCCCUUAAUGAAAUGUCAACAACUGCACUGCGCUGUCUUGGGUUUGCAUACAAGGAGCCUUCUGAAUUUGCAACUUAUGAUGGUGAUGAAAAUCAUCCAGCCCAUGACCUCUUACUUAAACCAUCUAAUUAUUCAUUUAUUGAAAGUGAUCUUAUCUUUGUUGGUUUGGUUGGAUUAAGGGAUCCUCCUCGAAAAGAAGUUCACAAAGCAAUUGAGGACUGCAGAGCAGCUGGUAUUCGUGUUAUGGUCAUAACAGGAGAUAACAAGAAUACAGCAGAAGCAAUUUGUCGUGAAAUUGGUGUAUUUGGUCCUUAUGAGGACAUUAGCUUGAAAAGCUUAACAGGCAAGGAAUUUAUGGAUCGUAGUCUUCAUGAUCAGAAAAGGCAUUUGAAUCAAAAUGGCGGGCUUCUCUUCUCUAGGGCUGAACCAAGGCAUAAGCAAGAGAUAGUGAAAUUGUUGAAAGAAGAUGGGGAAGUGGUUGCGAUGACUGGUGAUGGGGUCAAUGAUGCCCCUGCUUUGAAAUUGGCUGAUAUUGGAGUUGCAAUGGGUGUCACUGGAACUGAGGUUGCAAAGGAAGCUUCUGACAUGGUGUUGGCAGAUGAUAACUUCAGUACAAUAGUUGCUGCAGUGGGUGAAGGCAGAUCUAUUUAUAACAAUAUGAAGGCAUUCAUCAGGUACAUGAUCUCCUCAAAUAUUGGCGAGGUUGCCUCUAUAUUUCUAACAGCAGCUUUAGGUAUUCCGGAAGGGUUGAUCCCUGUCCAGCUUCUGUGGGUCAAUCUUGUCACUGAUGGCCCUCCUGCAACAGCGUUGGGAUUCAAUCCACCUGAUAAAGACAUAAUGAAGAAACCACCUCGUAGAAGUGAUGAUUCCUUGAUCACUGCUUGGAUUUUAUUCCGCUACCUGGUCAUUGGGUCCUAUGUAGGGAUAGCAACCGUGGGUGUGUUCAUUAUAUGGUAUACACAUGGAUCUUUCUUGGGUAUUGACCUGAGCCAAGACGGCCACACUCUUGUCACCUAUUCCCAACUCUCCAACUGGGGACAGUGUCCUUCCUGGGAAGGGUUCACAGUUUCUCCUUUUACAGCAGGGUCUCAGGUGUUCUCAUUUGAUGCCAAUCCCUGUGAUUAUUUCCAGGUUGGCAAAGUUAAGGCCAUGACUCUCUCCCUCUCUGUCCUGGUGGCUAUUGAGAUGUUCAACUCUCUCAAUGCCUUGUCUGAGGAUGGGAGUCUCUUGACAAUGCCCCCAUGGGUUAACCCUUGGCUCCUGUUGGCCAUGUCAGUCUCCUUCGGCCUGCAUUUCUUGAUCCUUUAUGUUCCUUUCCUUGCCCAAGUCUUUGGGAUUGUGCCUCUUAGCCUCAACGAGUGGUUGUUGGUGUUGGCGGUAGCAUUUCCCGUUGUCUUGAUUGAUGAGAUUCUCAAAUUUGUUGGGAGGUGUACAAGUGGGUACCGAACAUCUUACUCAAGGAAAUCAUCCAAGACAAAAGCAGAGUGAGGAGCAAAGAAGGGGUUGGUGCUUCUCCAAGUCUCUAAUAGAACCAUUACCAUGGUGGAAUUGGUGCCGGGGGCAUUUCAGGUUGGCUAGUAAGCUUGGUCCACCUUAAAAUCUGCUGCAGUUAUACAAGAAGGCUUAGCCUGGAGCUUGAAGAUCCGAGUAACGAGGGACUUCCCUAAUAUAUAAUUUGGUUGGGGAACUUCACUUUUGUUUUUUUUUUUUAUUAUAUUGAAUUUAUUUCUCUUUUCCAAUUCAUCCAAGAAACCCAGAACUCAAUUUUGAUGUUUAAACGAUGCAAACAUGGAAGCAGUUGCUAUACUUGUUUCAACUUCAAGACUUGUACCAGUUUUUGCGGGAGAAAUCACUUGCAUGUUUCCAUGAUCCCAUUAAAUGCAAAUAAUAGGCAAAAUUUUAAGUUUGAGCAA